GUGGAGCUUAUCCCUAAUAUUGUAAUUAGUUUAUAAAAAUUUAAUAAACAUAUUAAAAUAUGAUUAUAAUUAAUGAUAACUUCCAAAUGAAAUUAAUUUAAAAUACUUGUGUGUGCUACGCCUUGUUGGUAUUGUUUUUACCAGCGAAUUCGGUCACACAGCGCAGGUCCGAAUGUGUUGUUUACAACUGAUUUAUUUGGAAAAGCCUUGAUUAUCAGCUCCUUUGCACACAACCGCUGGCCAGGAUGUCCAGCAUGCCCGGGAUUCUGAGAUGCAGGAUCUGCUUGGGCGAUUUCGAAGAGGGCCAAAUGAGCUCCCUGUUUGAGGAUGAAGGCGAAAGUGACCUUAGGGAAAAGUUGGAACUGUGUUGUAGGAUUAAGGUUCGGCAAUCCCCACAGUUGCCGGAAAAGUCCUGUAGUAGCUGCUGCGAAUUCGUCCACAUGUGGUUCAACUUUCGCCAAAUGUGCCUAAACUCGCAAGUCUACUGGGAAACAAGUUUUUCGGAAUCGGAAAGACCAGAGGCUCUGGCCCAGGCAAGCGAUGCCGAGUAUAUGGAGUACCUGUAUGAGAACCUACAGUUGAAACUAGGCUCAGAGAACCAGGACCAGGACGAGAUCACCGCAAUAGAGGAGGGGGAUGAACAGCUGGAGGAGCAGUCACAGGAAAUUCUUGAUUAUAAUGGAUACAUCAUAAACGAAUCGAUUGAGGAUGAUGAGCCUAUUACAGAGAGCUCAGAGCAGAUGUUGAUUCCCCACAUGGACUCCUACGUUGAAGAUCCAGAAAUGGAAGAACUUAUUGAUGAUAAGAGUGAGUUUGUCGAAGAAUUAUCGAGUGCAAACGAUGAGUAUUAUGAGGUUGAGUACGAGGACGAGGAACUUCGCCUGCCAAGCGCUGCUUCACCACAUCCCAGCUUUAAGAUGGACAAACGGAAGCCAGGAAGGCCCCGGAAACCGGAUGGCGAACUCAAAUUCAAACGCAAGGAAAUCAACGCCAAGGAAAAAGGCAGCAAGUCUAAGAGCAAGGACGAGGACAAGUUUAUGUGCAACCUGUGUGGAAACGUCUAUUUCAAGAAAUCGGUUUUCACAGCCCAUAUGAUGACCCACACGGAAUACAAGCCCCACCAAUGCGAAAUCUGCACCAAAUCUUUUCGACAAAUGGGCGAGCUGCGAGCACACAUCCGUCGUCAUACGGGCGACCGUCCAUACAAGUGUAUGUACUGCGACCGCCAUUUCUACGAUCGCAGCGAACGGGUUCGCCAUGAACGAGUACACACCAAUACCCGUCCUUAUGCCUGCCAGGAGUGCGGGAAAACUUUCACGCACACAGCCAUCCUCAAGAAUCACAUCCUUUCGCACUCCAGCGAGAAGAAUUACAACUGCGACAUUUGCUGCAAGUCAUUCACCCUGCUGCACCAGCUAAAAGCUCAUCUGCAAACGCUCACCCACCGAAAUAAAAUUGAGCAAACCAUUCCCAGCUCCUACCAGAAGGUGCGCAUGAGACUUCUCGUGCGCGACGAGUUGGUGCAUGACAACCCUGGGAAAAGUUCCAAGACGCUUGUUUAUUUCAGAAUUGCAAGCAUACGGACGGCCAGGACGUGGAAAAUCAUGCCCGAGUACAUGUUGUGCAGGAUCUGUUUGACAGAGGACAUCAACUCGGAGGCGAUGGCGCCCCUGUUCGAUGACAGCGACGCCCAGUGCAGGGAGCUGGUGCGCAAGAUUGAGGAAGUGGGCAGCAUUAAGCUGGUUCCACUUCAGAACAUCCCGAGCAUGCUGUGCUUCAACUGCGUGGAGCAGCUUACCAGUGCCCACAAGUUCCGGGAGCUUUGCCAGGAGAGCGAGCGAACAUUUGCCACCAAUGUAGUCAAGGCCGAGAUGAAGUCGGAGCCAACGGACGAGGUCCCUCACAUAGUGGCGGACCACAUCGAGUACAUCUACGAAUCAGCGAACGACUUCAUCGAUGGUGUCGAGGAAGACAUCGAAAUGGAGAACAUAAUGGAGGAGCGCAUGGAGGAUGGGGUUCCGGAAACGACUCAGGCCUACGAGAUUAGCACUGUGGUCGACGACCUGGACGACAAUGACCUGCUGGUGCCGAAUAGCACCGAUAGCGACUACCAGCCCAGCGAGCGUUGCCGCAAAACCAAGGUGCGAAAGACGCGGAUGGCUAGACGUGGACGUGGCCGUCCCCGUGGUGCUAGCUCCAGACACUCACGCAGUUUUAGCGAAGAGCGAGCGCCAGUUCAAUCUAGCUGCAAGUCCUCUCCCGAGGAGUCCUCCACGAACAUUAUGUGCGAGAUCUGCGGUAAUAUCUACUCCAAGCGAGCGGCUCUCAACAUUCAUAUGCGUCGUCAUAUGGCCGAGAAACCAUUUGAAUGCGAAAUAUGCGGUAAAACCUUUGCGGGUCCAUCCGAGCUAAAUCGCCAUAUCCGAGUGCACACGGGCGAGAAACCAUUCAUGUGUAAAUACUGCAACCGCUCGUUUGCAGAUCGCAGCUCCAAUAUUCGUCACGAAAGAACCCAUACAAACGAGCGACCUUUUACUUGUUCCACAUGCGGCAAGGCAUUCUCCUACUCCAACGUGCUAAAAAACCACAUGCUCACCCACACGGGCGAGAAGCCUUUUCUUUGUCGGCCGUGCAAUAAGACAUUUUCCCGCAAGCACCAGUUGGAGCAGCAUAUCGGCACGAUGACCCACCAACAGACUGUAAGGAACCACCAGAAUAACGAACCGAUGCGGCACUCAGAGAUCUAUUAGUCUCAACUCAUGCAAUACAAUUUUUGCUAGAUAAUUCUUUAAUUUAAAUUAAAAUAAAUGUAUAUUGUAAAAUAAAGAGAGUACAAAUGGUCCGACCGGAUGUGUGACAUAAUCAAA